CUAUUAUAAUAUAAUAUGCUUCAAGCAAACAAGUCUGACUGAAAGCGACGGUGACAUCUCGUGAGCCUCCCCCAAAUGCCGAACAUCAGCCGCCGGUGCUGUCGCAUUCCACUUUCUAGGCAGACACAUUACACCCCAACAAGUACUCUCCCGAUUCCCUCACUCGCCUCUUUCGAUUUCUUCCAUCAAAAGAAGUCAAUUCCCUGAGUAAAAUGUCGAGAAUCCUACCACUAAUAUAUCUAACCUCCCUCGAUUCAAAUUCCCAAACCAUAUCAUGAAUUCUACCAGUACGAGUACCCAUCCCGAAAAGAAACCCCGCCCCCUCCAACACCGAGUCCCCGCCAAAUCCCCCAUCGCGACCCCUCCCCGCGCCGCUCUGGGCCGCUCGAGAGAACAUGCCGAUAACGCGUCGAUCAAGAGCUGUGCGACGGGAGAUGGUCUAAGUAUACACACGCAAAAUGGAUCUGCUCUCGAAGAAAUGGAGGACUCGGCGCCUUCGACGAUAAGUGAGAAGCAGGAGAAGGAUAGGGAGAAGGACAAAGCAAUUAAAACGGAGAAAAGGGAUAGGAUUGCGAGUCUAGAGCGGGAAUUGGAAACCAUGGCGAAUGGGUUUGAGAAGGAACUCACGUUACUCAGUCAUAAACUGACGAAUGAACGCGAGUCGUCGACUUUUUGGCAGCAGAAACAUACGAGUCUGCAUCAGACGUACAUAGAGACUGAUACGGCGUUGAGGCUUUUGAGGAGUGAGGGGUCAGCCCUGAAGGAGAGGGAGAAUCAGAGUAGGGAAAGGGAUAGCGAGAUUAAGAUGAGGGUUGAGGGGCUGGUGGUUGAUCGUGACGCAUUUCGUGAGGCGUACGAGGACGCUAUGGAGGAGGUUGGGGAGAAGGAGGAGUUGGUUAGUAUGUUAAGGAAUCAGGUGAGGGGGUUGAAGAGUUGGGUAAGUAAAGGAGGGAGGGGCGGGGAAGAACAGGUUAGUGAUGAGAGUGUGGGCGAGGGGUGGGGGAGGUUAAGUAAUGGGUUGCAAAAUUGGGUUAUUGUUAAUUUUCGGCGGGUUAAGGUUGGUACGUUCUACUGGUCUUUUAUUCGGUUGAGUUAUCUUCCAUCUUUAUCCAACCUGCUCGCCAAAUCCGAGUCUAGGUAAAGGUUGGAACCUCGCCUCUGGCGGUUCAAUUGCGUACGUACAAGCAGCUGAUAGGUAACGUAGACAUCAACAAACCAAACCUCGCUGAGAAAGAAGAACUGUUACGAUUAUUACCCAAUUAUGAAACUCUGGCAUCAACAUCAAAGAUCCACUUCAUUCAAUCACUAGUCUCACGACUCCUCGUAGACAACAUCUUCACAUCCUACUUCGUCGGUAUCCCACCAGAUAGAGCAGAAGAACUGAAAAAGAUGGAAUCUUUCCUCCGUGACUACGGUUCGCAAGACUCUACCAAACACCCGAGAUAUCUUAACUAACUCAAUUCCAUAGGCCCGGAGGAAUCCAUAAACCAAUGGCGCUCAACGACCCUCUCCCUCCUCCGAAAAUCCGCCCCCGCCCUCCUCGCUCCCCAAACAAACGCCCUAAUAGCAACCAUAACCACAAAGCUCAACGACCUCCUCUCCUCCGUCUCGGAUUCUCAGCCCUCUGAAUCACGCGACUCCUCCUUGCGCACCCUCCUAAUAUCCGCCAUCGAGCUCUCCCGUCUUCUGCGCUCGCAAAAGGCUGUCUUUUCGGUAAACAUGCCAGUCCUAGAGGAACACCAACGGACCAUGUUUGAGAGUGGAGAAAUGGAGGAUGUUGGAGGCGAGGAUGAGGAGGAGUUGAUUCUGAGGGAAAUUCGGUGUGUGGUUUUCCCUGGGGUUGUGAAGUGGGGGGAUGAGUGCGGGGAGAAAGGGUGGUUGAGAAAUGUUGUUGUUAAGGUUAAGGUACUUUGUUUGAUGGACUGAAAUGGUAAAGGAGUUUUGAUAGGAUAAGUGGGUUUAUGAUGAUACCCUUGGACUUUUUUUUUCUUUUUCCUUUUUAGAAAUGCCCCUGAGAAUUUAAGGGAGCGGUUUUAAGGUUUUGGGGUAUUGCGUUUUAUUGGUGGGCCUUUUGUAGUAUAAUGCGAAUAUCAAUUCACUCUGGGGUUGAAAGACCAAAUGUUUCGAGGUGAGGUCAUCAUUGUUUGUAGGCAAC